AUGACAACGUUUGGAGAAAUAGAGAACAAAAAUACAUGGGGCCGUACAUAUCAAAACAUUUUCCGCCAAUUUUCAGAUUUAGAUUUGCCUAUGACAAAUGCGCACAGGUCUCCACCAUUAUGUCCUUAUACAGCAAAAACUGUUGCGGCAAGUGAGAAAAUUAAAAGCAGUACGAGAAGCUUACCAAAUGAAUUCCCAGAGAUAGCUCCACAAGAACCUGUUGAGCACCUGGUUGAGUAUGAAGGUGACAGAUACCAGUGUAUGCAGAGAAAUUAUACCUCGAUAAACGAAACUGCUGAAAAGUCGUUCCAGCACCUGAAAAAAGCUCAUGAAUUCUCAGACGACUAUAAUGCACCUCAGUCCUAUUCGGUCAAUCAACGAAUUUUAACCAGUGGUUCAAAUACAACAAUCGCAGCAGAAGCGCAUUCCACAACCCCGCAACCACUGGCUUCUGUUCCUCCUCCGCCACCUCCUCCUCCACCGCCAACAUCAUCCAAUACUCCGCAGCAUCCUUCAAGUAACAUUAACGAAAGUCGAAGAAUGCGUUACAUCUACGCUUAUCCAGAGGAAAUAGUUACAUUUUUGCCUGAGAACAGUACGAUUCGGAAAAAAAGCACAGAAACUGAUCUUAGGAAUGAAAGAAAUAGAAAAGUAGAAGAUUCAUCUCCCACGUUUUUUCCCAGAACAAUCCAUAACGAAGUUGGACAAAACUCAAAAAAUACUGUUGUUUCAAACUCAUCUACCCAACAACAAAGUCUGCUACAAUCAUCAACGAAUGAAGAAAACUUUACUGAUGGAACAGACAAGGAUAAAGUUAAAAAGUAUGGGAUAAACGGAACUGCAACCUCUCUGGAAAAAGAAGAAAAUCUGUACAGAUAUGCCAGUUCAAGUCAAAUGACUGAGCCUUCAACUACUCAAAUAUUCAAAUUUGACCCAAACACUAGCAGGAAUCUUUCUGUCUCAAGCUUAGUAAGCCUGUUUGAGAAGAAUCUCGACGUGUCAAACCUUGAAAAGAUAUCUAAAUCAAAUGCAGAAAAUGCACGACAUAUUCAGCAAUUUGUACGGAACUAUUUUGGUAAUUCGAAUUCCCUAAAAGUGAAAAAGAUUGAAGAAAAAACUGUACCGUUACAGCAGUUUACUCAGAUUACGGCGAAUAUCAGUAAUGGAAUUAAGUCUGCAGAUGUUGAUUUCAAACAGCUUCUAACCAUAGUGCCUGAAGAACCAGAUUUCGAUACGCAAGAAACUGGUCAAGAGUGGCUUUUAAAAACGCAAGGCAGAGAUAACUGUGAAUACUCGACUACUAAAAAGAAUGUCAACGAACAGCUCAGACAACGAUUUGCUUAUGACACGGGAACUGAUGCAGAUCUGUUGCUGAUAGUUCAUCAGAAAGUUUUUAAAAAUUUGCCACUUGAUUGGCCAGAAUUAUACUUGUUGAAAAACGCGCAUUGUCGUCUUGUCGCACAACGGGAGAAACAACUGUGUCGUUUACAGGAGCAAAGUCUUGUGCUUAUUCCAGACUCCAAUGAGAAGUUUAAAACUGAUAUGGUCAUUAAGCAAAUCGAACGUGAACUUUAUGAAGAUUACAUCAAUUACCAGGCAAAUCCCAGUUUAUACAAGUCUAUCAGUCACAUAAAUCUAUUGAAUAACAUUCGAUUAGUUGACAACCCGUACACAAUUCUUGCAUUCCUGAUCAUGCAGGCAGAUUCGUUUUGGUAUGCAGCAAAAGUCUGCUCAGACAUGACAGAGAAGAAAAAUCAUUAUUCAAUAGCUAAAAGACGAUAUGCAGAACUGCUGGGAAAAAGCAGAAAUGCUUUGCCUCCUGAUGAUCCCAGCGUUUUAAAGGUCUUGGAAAAGUUAACAGCAAUAUUAGCAGAAUAUCCAGACAAGCGCGACAUAUCCAUUCGUAACAAAUGCUUAAAUGCGGUAGCUGCUGCUCAAAAUGCACUGUCGAGAAACUCCCAUUUUGAUACUUCGGAACGUGCUCUUCGAAACAUCAAAGAUGGCUUGAAAAUGUGCGAGUCCUACUAUUAA